AUGGGGUCCUCUCCCCCAGGUUCCGCCGUUACCUCUUCUAUAACUUCCGCGGAAACUCCGCCAAUUGCGGGGAAUACACCCACUGCACCUGGCGCUGACCUAACGGUCCCUGCUCUGUCAGCUGACGUUGCGGCAGCUCCGGCAGCAGCGGCGCCGCCAGCGGAAAUUGCAGCAGCUCCCGCGGACGGCGGAAAGCAGGCGGAAACCCCAGUAGCGGCCGUGCCGCCUGCAGAGGUUGUAGCGGCUGUAGCGGCGGAGGUUGCGGCUGUAACGGCGGGGGGUGCGGCUGUAGCAGCGGGGGGUGCGGCAUCAGCGGACGGCGGAGAGGGGCCGAUGUGGAAGACGACUCUGUGCUCGUUCUUCCGCAAGCACGGGGAGUGCAAGCACGGCGCGCGGUGCAAGUUCGCGCACGGGGAGGCGGAGCUGCGCGCGCGCCCGGACGGGUCGUUUGACCCCACGUCCGCGCGCGGAGGGGCUAAGCGGAGCGAGGCAGGGGAAGGGGAUCAGAGCAAUAAGGGGAGGAAUCGGGGGAGGAAACGCGGAGGGGGAGGGUCUUGGGGAAGAGAGGCAGAAGAAGCGGAGGGUGGCGGGGACGAGGGGAAGGAAGGCGGGGCAGGGGGGGACGGCGAGUGGAGUCGGCUUUGCGUGCAGAACCUACCAAAGUGGUGGAAUAGUUUGGACUAUUGCGGGUCGAGGAAAAGCCAGGGCGUGGCGUUUGGAUUUGUAUCGUUUGAGUCAGCUACCGCUGCAGACAAGGCCACUCAGCUGUUGCGGGGCAAGCAGGUGAAGAACCAGAUGCUAGACGUGCAGCCGGCACGGUACCGCACUCAGAAACAGACAGCUUUUGCCGCCCAGGAGGGCGGCGAAGGGCAUGAGGACAAGAAGAGAAGAACGGAGGGGGAAGGAAUGGGGGACGCAGGGGAGGAUGGUGGGAAAGAGGAGGGCGAGAGAGGUGGGGAGGGUGAGGAUGAGGAGGAAACGGAAGAGACGGAUGGGGAAGGAGAGGAUGGGGGAGAGGGAGGCAGAGGAGGAGAGAGGGAAGGGGAGAAAGCAGAGGGGAGGGUGAAGAAGGAGGCAUGGGAGGCGGUGACGCCACUGGCGAGGAUGGGGUAUCAGGAACAGCUGGAGAUGAAGGGAGGGAGAGUGGCGAAGGAUCUGCAGCGGAUUGUGACGAAGAUGAGGAAGCUUUACUCGAGAAAGAGCUUUGCUCAGCUGCCUGAAUGGAUCAAGUCUGCUAAAGCGAGAGCCCACCUCCCAUGCGUGUUUGAGGGAAUCUACGCCUCACCAGUGGUGGACGGAUAUCGCAACAAGUGCGAGUUCUCCAUUGGACCCUCUGCUGCUGGUCAGCCCACCGUCGGAUUCCUUCUCGGAAACUUCCGCUGUGGCUGGCUGGCAGCGUCUUUUGAGGCGCCUCAAAAGGGCAGCGCCGUUGGUGGUGUGCUGGAACAUUUCCCGACAUUGGGGACAUGCACUUGUUGCGAUAACCGUCGACCACUGGGGACCCUGUGGUCGAUUUUCGAGUCGACUCAAAAAGGGACCCUGUGGUCGGGACGUGCACAUGUUCCUCGCCAACGCCUUUUCACGGCUGAUGCAGAGGGUGUUCUGGGGUGUCCAAACAUCUCCCCCAUCGCCAUCGCCUUUGCACGCCUGGUGCACCCCGGGUGCGAUGGCGUGACAGCAGUGGCAGAGCCGUCAGGCUGUCGAAACAUCUCCCCCGUAGCCAUCGCCUUUGCACGCCUGGUGCAGGGGGUGGUUCGAGAAUCACCCUUGGCUGCAUGGGACAAGGUCAACAACCGGGGCUUCUGGCGGUUGCUCACGGUGAGGGAAGGCACGGCCGAACCACCCACCGCCACCUCAGGCCCCGAGCCUGCUGCUGCUGACGUGGCGUCGAUGGACGUGGACCAAUCCGCAACACCAAUCGAUGGACAGCCACCCGCAGAAAAGCAAGAUGAUCAUGGCACAAGAGAUGAAGAUGACACAAGGGAUGGCACAAGAGUCGACACAAGGGAAGGGGAAGGGCCAAGGCACAGUGGCAGGGCGGCAGUGAAUCAAGUGAUGCUGCUGCUGCAGGUGAACCCUGCUGGUGCCGAUCGGACGGCCGUGGAUGCGGAGCUGAGCAGAUUGACGGCUGAGAUUGAAAGGCGAGCAGCGGAGCACAGCCUGCCACUGCCUCUUACACUCAUCCUCGUUCAGGAACACUCGGGUGUGUCCAAUGCAGCCCCUGAGAGCUGCCCCAUCCGCUUGCUCUACCCUCGCUCUAGUCACAUUGAGCCAUCGGCAGCAGUGCCAAUGGCGGGGAAUGGAGCUGCUAGUGGUGCGGAAGAAGAGGCACGUACAUCACAGGGAAAAGUGAAUAAGUCGGCAGAAGAAGCAUUACAAGGGGAGGCACUUGAGUCAACAGCAGACGGGCCAGAAGCAGUGGGGCAAGCGGGAGGUAACGCACCUCUCCCUUUAUCCAGACCAACUCAGCGGGAGCGCAGCUGCUGUAUCAGCUCGCUGCUUCCUGGGUGGGCCUCAGGCCUCCUUAUCCCCAUUCCCCAGCUCUCUCUCACACACCCCUGCCUUACCCCUCUCUCUACAUCACUCCCCUCCCCCGUACAGACCAACUCAGCAGGAGCGCAGCUGCUGUAUCAGCUCGCUGCAUCCUGGGUCGGCUUGGGUCCUCCGCCUCCCUGCCCCCCUCCCGUGCUCCCUCCUCUCUUGACCAAGAAACAGCAGCAGGGGCAGGAGCAGCAGCAGGGGCAGGAGCAGCAGCAGCAGCAGCAGCAGCAACAGCAGCAGGGGGGGGAGGUGCAGCAAGAGGGGAAAAGCGACGAGAAGGAUGGAGUGUUGGUGUUUGAUGUGUGCUGUGGCACGGGCACCAUUGGCCUGUGCGUUGCCAAGCAUGCCAAGAAGCUGGGGGAGGCAGUUGGUGGUAUGUUGGUGCUUGAUGUGUGCUGUGGCACGGGCACCAUUGGCCUGUGUGUUGCCAAGCAUGCCAAGAAGCUGGGGGAGGCAGUUGGUGGUAUGUUGGUGCUUGAUGUGUGCUGUGGCACGGGCACCAUCUGUCUGUGCGUUGCCAAGCACGGCAAGAAGGUAACCGCAGAGAUAGCCAGUCAAGUGAUUGGGAUUGAGAUGAACGAGUCGGCAGUGGAGGAUGCGAGGAGGAAUGCAGCCAUCAACGGCAUUCAGCAUGCUGAGUUCAUCGCCUCCCGGGCUGAGCUGGUGCUGCCAAAGCUCCUCCAUAAAUACCUCCCCCAGGUGAAGCCUGCCCCUGACAGCCUCCCCCAGGUGGAGGGGAAAGAGGGGCAGCAGCAGGAGGAAGGAAAGGAGGAAGGGAAGGAGGGGGUGAAGGAGGAAGGGAAGGAGGAAGGGAAAAAGGAGUUUGAGUUUUCUCGAGUCGUGACAAUCGUAGACCCUCCAAGAGCUGGUGCUCAGAGCCCUUCGGGAGAAUCCCAAGAUCGAGCAGCUGCUGUAAGCCCUCUUCUCCCAUUCUUGAACUGCGACGAUGAUUUUUACGCCUUGAAAACUCCUUCCCCAUCCCCUUUUGUGCUCCCUCUUCCCACUUCCCUCGCCUCCCAUCAACCUUCUUCCACUUCCGCUUCUUCCCCUCUCUCGUUCUUCCCCUCUCUCGUUCUUCCCCUCUCUUGUUCUUCCCCUCUCUCGUUCUUCCCCUCUCUCGUUCUUCCCCUCUCUCGUUCUUCCCCUCUCUCGUUCUUCCCCUCUCUCGUUCUUCCCCUCUCUCGUUCUUCCCCUCUCUCGUUCUUCCCCUCUCUCGUUCUUCCCCUCUCUCGUUCUUCCCCUCUCGUUCUUCCCCUCUCUCGUUCCUCCCCUCUCUCGUUCUUCCCCUCUCUCGUUCUUCCCCUCUCUGUUCUUCCCCUCUCUCGUUCUUCCCCUCUCUCGUUCUUCCCUCUCUCGUUCUUCCCCUCUCUCGUUCUUCCCCUCUCUCGUUCUUCCCCUCUCUCGUUCUUCCCCUCUCUCGUUCUUCCCCACCGCUUCCCACAGCUACAUCUCAUGCAACCCCUCAUCUCUCUCUCAUUGCCAACCUACGUCUCCUGCAACCCCUCGUCUCUCGUGGCAAACGUCCUAGACCUCUGCUCGCCGCCUCCCGAGCUAAAAAAGCCGCAAGCAGGGGGCGGCGGGUGGAGCAAGUGGGGCCCUGCAGCGGGGCAGAGGGCCAUGGCUGGGGAGCCGUUCCGACCUGUGAGAGCCGUGGCUGUUGACCUGUUUCCCCACACGGAGCACUGUGAGGUGGUGAUGCUGCUGGAGAGGUAG